AUGGAAACAUCAAAUUAUUCAAAUCCAGAGUCCCUUGCUGUGUUAACAGCUAUGGUCAAUCAGACGCUCGUUGAAAUGGGUCGAUUUUUUCGAGCUGGUGGCUCAACACAGGCCAGGGCUCGUUUCAAAAAGACGAUCCCGGCGGCUCACGAACGUUUCCAGGCUGCACUCGACGAUCUAUCUGAGCAAAUAUUUAUCGCAAAAGCGUUUCUCGAAAGAGACUAUGAGGAAAUCAGAGCAGAGAAGGCAGCUCUACAGCCUGCUCAAGAUGUUGCUAUGGAUGAGCCAAGCAACAGGUCGGAAAAUGAAGGCGCACAAGAGCCGCCCCAAAAGAUAGAGGAAGUGACAGAGACGAAACCGCUCGAAUCCCAAUUGGACGAAGAGCUUACUACCGCGCAAGAGCCUCUCACCGGCGAUAAGCCGUCGCAGGAGACUGAAGGGAAAAAUGUCAAGGUGGAAAAGCAAGAAGGACAGUCCUCGGCGCCAGAUCAAUCAGUCCCUGGAACUACAGAAAUCAACUUCGACUCCAUGCUCAAUGACAGUGGGGUUGGGCCCAAUGAGUUCGAUCUUCAUCUCGAUUUUGGAGAUGAUGAUAUUGGGAAUCAGAAUUUCCUGUCUGGCUCGAGCCUUGGAAAUACAGGUAUCGGCGGCGAUAUCGGCCAGGAGACUGAUCAGUCGGGCGCUAUGGCGUCAAUGUUCUCUAAAGAGGGGGAUAACCUUGGCAGUGGUCCUACGGGAGGCGAUGCAUUCGAUUUAGAGUUCCAGAAAACUGAUGGAUUUCCAGGUCAGGACCAGCAAGCGGGAGGACAGAUGAGCAAUAAUGCGGACGAUGUUAUGGCGCCAGGGGAAUCAAGCUUCGAUGAUUUAUUCAUGGAAAACGAGAACUUCGAUGGAGAAGGGCUUGGAGACCAGAAUCUGCUCGGGGACGGCCUGAUGAAUAUCAACGAGCUUGAUGAUAACUGGUUCACUUAA